AUCAUCCCAAACCCAGAACCAGAACUUGCUUGCUUCUUCAAUCGCGAUUUUCUGAAAAAUCUGAAACUAUGUGUUGCGGGCAACAUCCAUCGUUUCCCAAAGACUCCGUUAACGUUAACUCAACGUCGGUGCUCGAAAAUCUCCGCGAUCGUCUCGCCGACACCGAAGCUCGGCUCGCUCGCGCCAGAGCUCGUGAAGCUCAGCUCACGCGCCGCCUCCAUGAAAUGAAGCGCUUUCUAUCUGUUAUGGAAAUCCUUGAAGCUUAUCUCAAACGCCGUUACCGUCUCCAACAACAACGUUUCGCUCGCCUCCUUUCUCUUCCACCACCUACUCUAUAACCGCCGUUACGGUUACCGUCACCGUCAACAACCCUGUCUAUAUCAUGUUGUUACAUUUUUAUUUUUAAAUUUAUUGUUUGUUGUGAACUUGUUGUGGAUAAUUGUGGAUGUUUGUUGUAAAAUUUGUGCUGCUUUAAUUUUAGUGGAUUUGUGGGGAAUUUCGUUCAGAAUCUCGUUGUUGUUUGGGUUUUGUUUAGGGGAAUUGUUGUUAUUUUGGUAGAUUUUGUGAAUUUGAUUGAUGAUAUAAGAUUUCAAUUGUCAUUUUGUGGUUUUCGUGUUGGUUGUAGCUCGAAUUAGAACUCGAAUAAUUUGAUUGACAUUCAUGUGGAAAUGGUUUUCGAUUAUUUGUGGAUGAAUAAUUCAGUUAUGAUGAGCUUGUAAAAAUGUGCUCAAGGGUUUUUACAAGGAUUUAUUUGAGGUUUUAAUGAUGCAAACUUUUGUGCAAGUGUUUAGAAACUAUAUAGCAAACCAAUAAUUUUACUUUGUACUGAAGGUGUGUGUGUCUGGUAUCUGACAUGUUUCGAUGUUGAACACCAGCAUAUGUGGUUAUAUUCAAUCACUUCCAUUUUUAUGAUUUAUCAUUGGUGUUUACAUGUCUGGUGUUUGUGUUAGUGAUUUGUAAUUUAGACAAGUUUUUGAAAAUUGAAUAGCUUAUAUAAUUAAGUUAUGCAGAGUUAUCCCCGGUUCACUCCGCCAUUGUACAAACUGUUUAAUCUUGAAUACUUAUAUGAUAAGGGUUUAUUUAAGCUGUUUAAUAAAACAGUACCUUAAUAUGUCUUUCUUCAUCACUCCGCCAUUGUACAAACUGUUUAAUCUUGAAUACUUAUAUGAUAAGGGUUUAUUUAAGCUGUUUAAUAAAACAGUACCUUAAUAUGUCUUUCUUCAUUGUCGUGAAGACAGUUACUCUCCUUGUGAGGGUACUAUAUGAUAAAAUAGAAACCUCUAGUUAUUAUAUUGCCACAUUGCAUUCUUACUUUCUGUGAUUCUGUGGUCUAGUUACCUGCUUAGAAUUAGAAAAUGGGAAGUAAGAUGGGUAGGGAAUUAAAGGGGAGAGUGGAAAGAAAAACUUGAGUUAGUCAAAGCAGCAUGUUGAGAAAGCUUCUAUAUUUUAGAGACUCGUCUUCUGAUUCUUAUCGUACAGAAAUCACAUUAUUGUUUGGUAUCUCUGACUCAUUUAAUUAUUUUUGUUUACCAUUUUGUGCAGAUAAUUUGUUUUAGCCUAAUCUUAAAAGCACAUGUAUCACAGUUUUUGCUUUCUUGCCCUUCCCUUUUAUCUUGCUGGGUUGAAUCCUCAUCCAAAUUUUUUUAUAUCUUUUAUCUCCUUUCGAUCAGGUAUGCUGAAAAAUCUUGAUCAUCUAUAGGCAAUUUGUUAUGACAAUUGCGCAGCAUGACCUCAGUCAUGACUUGGUGAAACAAUGUUCAUGAUCUCUUUAACCAACAAAAAAGGAAAAAGCUAAAAUGGAAACUGGGUCAAGCUCAGAAAUUUUAGAUAAGGGUAAAGUUAUGAGGGGUGGCAAUAGCAAAAAGAAGCAAGAUUCUAAUGGUAUAAAAAUUGAACCUUUUGUUCCAAGAAGAGAUCACAAUCCUAAAGAGUUGAAGACUUGGGCAAAGAAAACUGGGUUUGUAUCUGAUUAUUCAGGUGAAGCUGGGACUAGUGCAAGUGAGAAUUUUGAUAGUGUUGUUGUUCAUGAUGUUGAUCAUAGAGAAGGAGGGUCUUCUCCUAAGAUAGAGAUUGAUCCGGUUCUCGGGGUUGCGAGGCCGAACCAGGACGAUGAGAUUGAACUAGAUCUUGAGUCCAAGCAUGGAGUUAAAAGGAGUCAGAAAGAUAGGUUUUUGAGGGCAAACUAUGCGUUGAAUGGGAUAGUAGGGAACCAAAAUGAGAGGAGGAAAAAUGGGGUUGAACCUGUUUUGGAUUAUGGUGUCAAGAAAAUUGAUUUAAGAGGGAAUGGUGAUGAUACUAAUGUAGUGGUGAAUUUGAUUAGGGAUAGUGAUGGUCAUGGGCUUGGAGUCGCUGCGGUUGCUCCAAUGCCCGAGCAAAAGAAGGAAGAGGAAGGUGUAAGUGAAGGAGAUGUUAAGGUGAAUCUGUAUGCAGAAGGGGAUGAACCUGUUGAUAGAGAGUGUCAAAGACCAUCUGGAAUGAAGUAUGGACUCACAGAAAAUCCUGGUCAUGUACCUCUUAUCUACUAUGGCCUGCAGCACUAUCUAUCAUUGAUUGGCUCAUUAGUGUUAAUCCCAUUAGUAAUGAUCCCAGUCAUGGGUGGAACAGAUAACGAUACAGCUAAUGUAAUUUCCACAAUGCUGUUUCUAUCUGGAGUCACAACGAUACUGCAUUCGUACCUUGGAACUCGACUUCCUUUAGUUCAAGGGAGCUCAUUUGUAUACUUAGCACCAGCAUUAGUUAUCAUAAAUUCUGAAGAGUUCCGAAAUCUUAAUCACCAUAAAUUUAGGCACACAAUGAGGGAACUUCAAGGAGCUAUAAUUGUUGGUUCAAUAUUCCAAUGUAUUCUGGGAUUUAGUGGUUUAAUGUCUCUUCUUCUCAGGAUAAUCAACCCAAUUGUUGUGGCUCCAACUGUUGCUGCUGUAGGUUUAGCAUUCUUCAGCUAUGGAUUUCCACAAGCUGGAACUUGCAUGGAAAUUAGCAUUCCACAAAUAGUGUUGGUUCUAAUAUUCACACUGCAUCUUAGAGGAAUAUCUAUCUUUGGAAACCACCUUUUUCGAAUUUACGCUGUUCCUUUAAGUGUUACAAUAAUUUGGAUAUAUGCGUCGUUUUUAACAGCCGGGGGAGCAUAUAACUACAAAGGAUGCAAUCCCAAUAUCCCUAGCUCAAACAUUCUGAUUGAUGCAUGCAAAAAGCAUGUUUAUACAAUGAAGCAUUGCAGGACUGAUGUAUCAAAUGCACUGUCAACUUCUUCAUGGCUCAGAAUUCCUUACCCUUUACAAUGGGGUUUCCCAAUUUUCCAUUUUAGGACUUGCAUAAUCAUGGUCAUUGUGUCUCUGGUUGCUUCUGUGGAUUCUGUUGGAACUUAUCACAAUGCAUCUUUGAGAAUUAAUUUGAGGCCUCCGACAACAGGAGUUGUGAGCCGUGGAAUUGCAUUGGAGGGUUUCUGUAGUAUAUUAGCAGGUCUUUGGGGUUCAGGAACUGGUUCAACUACCUUGACUGAAAAUGUUCACAUAAUUGACAUAACAAAGGUGGCAAGUAGAAGGGUAGUGGAACUUGGAGCAGCCUUCAUGAUCCUCUUCUCAUUUAUGGGAAAGGUGGGUGCUCUUCUGGCUUCUAUUCCACAGGCCUUGGCUGCAUCAGUACUAUGUUUCAUUUGGGCCCUUAAUACAGCAUUAGGCCUCUCAACAUUACAAAAUGGUCAAUCAGGAAAAUUUAGGAAUAUAACAAUAGUUGGUGUUUCAUUGUUUCUUGGUUUAUCCAUUCCUGCAUAUUUUCAACAAUAUCAGCCUCAAACCAGUUUGGUAUUGCCCUCUUAUUUGGUACCUUAUGCAGCUGCUUCUAGUGGACCAUUCCAUUCAGGCAUUAAACAACUUGACUUUGCAAUCAAUGCACUUAUGUCCUUAAACAUGGUGGUUACACUGUUGGUGGCAUUGAUACUGGAAAACACUGUCCCAAGAAGCUCACAGGAACGCGCCGCGUAUAUAUGGACGCAACCUCAAGACAUUGCGAUGGAUCCCACACUGACAUCUGCAUAUUCUCUACCAAAGAAAGUUGCUAGAUGUUUCUGUUGGGCAAGAUGGUUAGGAGUUUGAGACGCCAACAUAGUUGGGAUGUCAAUUAUCAUAGUGAUGUUUUUGCAAUGCCAGUAUUCGGUAAAAAAGUGACUAAUGGUAACAUUCAAUACUGAUUCAUGUAUUAAUUUUUCUUCUUCUGUGGGAACAUGGAGGAGGAAAAAAUUGUAAAAAAGAACAUAGCCUGGAGCUUUGAGGGAGCAUAGAAGAUAUAGAUGGAUUGAACAUAGCUUAUGAAGAAUAAAAACAUUUAGAUGGAUUGAAUUACAGUAUACCAAAUAGGAAAUAGUAUAGCACUGAUUACUUAUACAUAAUUCUUUUAAUCAAUUGAUAAUUCAUUUUAUACUUUCUACCUGUUUGAUAUUUAAAGUUACAAUAAAUCAAAUGUUUAAUAUA